AUGUCGGUCAAGUUUCAGGAAGAUGUCUCCCGAUCAAUUCGGGAGGAUACCAAGGAGCUGGCACAUAAAGUGGGCGAGCGCUUGACGGGCGGCGAUGCACAGACAGGCUAUCUUGCUCUUUACCUGCGUGAAUUGCAGUUGAACCCUCUGCGCACAAAGAUGUUGACAUCCGGUGUGCUGUCCGGUCUGCAAGAGUUCAUCGCUUCGUGGAUCGCCAACGAUGUUAGCAAGCACGGCCACUACUUCAGCGCGCGCGUGCCGAAAAUGACUCUCUACGGCAUGUUCAUCAGUGCGCCUCUGGGCCACUUGCUCGUUGGUAUCCUUCAGAAGGUCUUCGCUGGUCGUACCAGCCUGAAGGCCAAGGUGCUGCAGAUUCUCGCCAGCAACCUGAUCAUCUCCCCCAUUCAGAACGUCGUCUACCUGACGUCGAUGGCCAUCAUUGCCGGCGCGCGCACUAUCCACCAGGUCCGCGCCACCGUCAAGGCCGGCUUCAUGCCUGUCAUGAAGGUCAGCUGGAUUACUUCGCCCCUGGCUCUCGCCUUUGCGCAGAAGUUCCUCCCUGAGCACACCUGGGUGCCAUUCUUCAACAUCAUCGGCUUUUUCAUCGGCACCUACGUCAACACCCACACCAAGAAGAAGCGCCUCGAGGCCCUGAGAAAGCGUUAUGACCAGCGCCGCGGCCCUGGCAGCGAAUUUGAGAAGGGUGGCGACUACCGGUAG